AAAAAAGAAAAAAAGUACUCCAGUAAAUAUAAAAAUAGAAAUAAAAUACAAUAUACCUUAUGGGCUAAGAAAAACACCCUAGUUUAUUUUCCAUUAGAUUUGGUCGAACUGAGAUCCCGUUCUGAACCGUAAUCCGUAACCGUAUACCAUCGAAGAAGUAAUUCUGAUUCUGGUAUUGAUCAAGCUUCGUCAGAUUGUUAGGGUUUUUUAGUUUCUGAUUCUGGUAUUGAUUUUCUUUCUUUUUUUGGGGUAAAAUAUGUUAGUAGAUUUAGGGAUACGAGCUUUUGAAACUUGAAAAGAUUGAACCUUUUUGAAUGGGAGGUUUUGAAUUUGAGAGGAGAUAGAAAUAGACAAGUACGCAUUCAGAGAGAUAGAGAAGAAGAUAGAAAGACAAAUCAAGAAAGAUGGGUUCAAAGAGCGAGGGUACUUCUAUGCCUCCUCUGCGUCGAGAUCCUUAUGAAGUUUUAAGCGUUUCAAGGGAUUCUUCCGAUCAGGAGAUUAAAACAGCUUACAGAAAGCUUGCUCUAAAGUAUCAUCCUGAUAAAAAUGCCAAUAAUCCUGAAGCGUCAGAACUUUUCAAGGAGGUUGCAUAUUCUUAUAGCAUAUUAUCUGAUCCAGAGAAAAGAAGGCAAUAUGAUACUGCAGGAUUCGAGGCUAUAGAAACUGAUGGCAUGAAUAUGGAAAUUGACUUGUCCAACUUGGGAACUGUCAAUACAAUGUUUGCCGCGUUAUUCAGCAAAUUGGGUGUUCCUAUCAAGACGACAGUUUCUGCCACUGUUCUUGAAGAUGCUCUAAAUGGAACUGUUACAGUCAGACCUCUUCCAAUUGGAACAUCAGUUAGCGGAAAGGUUGACAAGCAAUGCGCCCACUUUUUUGGCGUGACAAUCAGUGAGCAGCAGGCACAGGCUGGAAUUGUUGUUAGAGCUACUUCAACAGCGCAAAGCAAGUUUAAGCUACUAUAUUUUGAACAAGAUGUGAAUGGAGGUUACGGUUUGGCUUUACAGGAAGACAGUGAGAAAACUGGCAAAGUUACAUCCGCAGGGAUGUAUUUCCUACAUUUUCAAGUAUAUCGUAUGGAUUCAGCUGUGAAUGCGCUAGCAAUGGCGAAAGAUCCUGAAUCUGCUUUUUUCAAAAGGUUGGAAGGCCUUCAACCUUGUGAAGUUGCCGAAUUAAAACCCGGCACCCACAUUUUUGCUGUUUACGGAGAUAACUUCUUCAAGACUGCUACAUAUACCAUUGAGGCUCUUUGUGCCAAGUCAUUUGAAGAUACCACUGAGAAAUUAAAGGAGAUCGAGGCACAGAUAUUAAAAAAAAGAAAUGAGCUACGCCAAUUUGAAUCAGAAUACCGAAAAGCACUGGCUCGAUUUCAGGAGGUCACAAACAGAUACACCCAGGAAAAGCAAUCCGUCGAUGAGUUGCUGAAGCAGAGAGACAGCAUCCAUUGUUCGUUCACCGUAAACAGACCAGCAAAUGGCGCUAGUGGGAGUGGCACUGGUAGCAUUAAAGCUCCUGCAGAGGAGUCAAAAGAUGAAAGCCCAGGAGAGGAUAGUAAUUCAGAUGGAAGGGAUAAAUCAGGCAAGAAAAAGUGGUUCAAUCUCAAUCUGAAGGGAUCUGACAAAAAGCUUGGCUAAAACAACCUUUCCAAAGUCAGUAUAAAGAUCAAAGAGCAAUGUUGUUGUAAUUUUUCUUUAAUGGUUUAUCCUCCACACUCACAUUCUUUCACACAACCUGCAAAGGUUAGCGUUGUAGUCUUUUACUUACACAGGUCCAUUAAUAUUUAUUUUUUUUCGUUUUUUUUUCAUUCCCCACAAGCUCAUCGUAGUGGAUGUUACUAGUCUGUCUCCCAGAUCUGUCUCUAAAGGUGUGUCAAUAUUUCAUCUUCGUUAAGAACAGUGUGCUUUUCAUUCUGUUAUUAUUAUAGCAAUCUGAAUAUAUAUAGACAAUUGUGGAAUGAGAAUAAACAGAUUCAUUUCUUCCAUUACAUCCAAUUUGUAAA